CGGAAAUCAAACUACACGAGGACAAAGCAGAUCAAAUCAUAUCUUUGCGAUUGCUUUUGAAACUGACCAAAAUCUCCCUUCCUUUUGCAUGGGGAAAUCCAAAACUUACAAAUAUCUUAUAUAAUGCAAGACUUCUCUCAUGUUCAUUAUUUUAUGUAAGUCAGGAAUUCGAACCAGCCAACAUGAAAUGUUACAUUAUUAUAAUAUUAAGCGCACAAAUGAUGAUUGUACAGCAAACAACUGCUCAAUGUAUACAUCAUCCAAAUGCUGAACAGCAAAAGCAACAACUGAAAAGAGACGCUUUUCAUGAAUAUAUAAGUAAUGGCUGGACUUUAAAAAUAAUGGACGAAUACCGGAAAAAUACUAGACCUGAAAGACCGAGUAAUCUUAUUGACGUCCUAGUACGGCAAAGGGAUUAUUCCGGAGAGAAAAGCUGUAGGAAAAAUAGGAUAAUUACACCUGAUUCUGAUAUUCAAACACUGUCAACAUGUCCAUGGUAUUAUGUUAUAGAUUUUGAUUCUCAGAGAGAACCACAAGUUAUUUCAAAAGCAAAAUGUUCGUGUAAACGUUGUUUUACUGUAGACAGGGGAGGUAAAUCUCGUGAUAUGUGUAGAGAAAUAAAUUCCUUUAUUCCCGUAAUUAAAUGGAGGUGUCCAAACAAUUAUACCGGAAAUAAACCGUAUUACUUUCAGUAUUAUCUUGACUAUGAAGCCGUUCCGGUAGGAUGUACUUGUCAAAGACCAUUUAAAAUAGGUUGAUAUCACAUACAUACUAUUUACAACUGCAGAAAUAUGAACAGAAAAAAUGGAAAUGGGGUGAUUCCUCGGAAGUACAGAAAUCAACAAUAUAAUAUGAAAAUUGAAGACUAAAAGUUAAAAUAUAUGGCUCAAAAGAGAAUGUCAAAGAAUUUGCCAGGAACGGGCAUUACCAUAAAAAUAUCGUCUUUAUACUUAAACACACACAUUAUAUACAUGUUUUGCCAUUAAUUUAUAGCUAUUGUCAUAAAAUAAAGAUUGUACAAUAGUUUCUUUAAAUAAAUUACUAAUGUUUAUUUAUAUUCUAUUUUCACUAAAGAUAUUGUUUGAUUUUAUUGACCUGUCAAUUGCAUAUUGAUUACACGGUCAAUGCACACAAUGUAUUAAUCUUCAAUAAAUCACAGUACAUAUCCAUAUCGGUACCCUCUUUGCGAAAUCUACUCAAAUGGUACCCUCUCUGCUCAUGUGCUAAAAACAAACCAGCGAUGGAUAACAUUCCAGCUAAUGUUCCUUCAACUGACACAAGGAGGUAUGUCAUGUGGAAAAUAUGUAUACCACGGAACACUAGAAUGUAUUAUCUUUGAGCGUUUAUUGUAGUGUGCCAUUUUCAAUUAUUGCAACCUCAAAAUAAGCUACAUAAAAUGGACAUGUCCUGCCUCGCCCAUCACCUCGACAUUAUUUUCG